AUGUCUUACAACGAUCCGAAUCAACAAUACUACGAUCCGAACGGGUACCCGCAGCACGGCCAAGAUCCAAACGCGGCCGGCGCGGAUCCUUACCAGGGCUACGAACAACAGCCUCAAUAUGACGAGUACGGCAACCCAGUCUACGCGCAGGACCCAUACGGCGCAGACGGUGCCCACUACGAUCCAAAUGCGGCUGAGUUCUACAACCAGCAAGGCUACGAUCCUGAACAGAUGGAGUACAGCAACGGUGCUGCUUACUACGAGCAGCCUCGUGGCAUGGGUCAUGAUCCAGAAAAUUUUUCUGAUUUCAGCUACGGGCCUCCUGCCACUCCAGGCUACGAAGGUUACAACGUUCCUAACAACGGGAAUUACACGCCCUCUCAGAUAAGCUACGGUGAUCCUAGAUCCUCCGGCGCUUCGACCCCCAUAUACGGAGGCGAGGGCUUCGACUCUUCGGCCAUUGCCAUGGCUUUGCCCAACGACCCUUACCCAGCGUGGACCGCUGACAACCAGUCUCCCGUGACUAUCGAACAAAUCGAAGACGCUUUCAUUGACUUGGCCAAUAGAUUUGGUUUCCAAAGAGAUUCGAUGAGAAACCAGUUUGAUCAUUUCAUGGUCUUGUUGGAUUCCAGAGCUUCCAGAAUGUCUCCACAGCAAGCUUUGCUUUCGUUACAUGCCGAUUACAUCGGUGGUGACACGGCUAACUACAAGAAAUGGUACUUUGCUGCUCAAUUAGAUAUGGACGAUGAGGUCGGCUUCCGUAACAUGAGCUUGGGUAAACUGUCCCGCAAAGCCAGAAAGGCCAAGAAGAAGAAUAAGAAAGCUAUGGAAGAAGCCAAUGCAGAGGACACUGAGGCGACUUUGAAUCAAUUGGAGGGCGAUAAUUCUCUGGAUGCCGCUGACUUCAGAUGGAAGGCAAGAAUGAACAAACUUUCUCCUCUUGAAAUGGUUCGUCACAUAGCUCUUUACCUGUUGAUCUGGGGUGAAGCUAACCAAGUCAGAUUUACCUCUGAAUGUUUGUGUUUCUUGUACAAGUGUGCCACCGAUUAUUUGGAGUCACCUUUGUGUCAACAGCGCACAGAGCCCAUGCCAGAAGGUGAUUACUUGAACAGAGUGAUCACUCCUUUAUACCGCUAUAUCAGAUCUCAAGUCUAUGAAGUCGUUGAUGGUAGAUUUGUUAAACGUGAAAGGGAUCAUAACAAGGUUAUUGGUUACGAUGAUGUGAACCAACUUUUCUGGUACCCAGAAGGUAUUGCAAAAAUCAUUUUCGAAGACGGUACAAGGUUGAUUGAUCUUCCUGCUGAAGAACGUUACCUCAGAUUGGGUGAUGUUGUCUGGGACGAUGUUUUCUUCAAGACCUACAAAGAAACCCGUUCCUGGUUCCAUCUCAUUACGAACUUCAACCGUAUCUGGAUCAUUCACAUUUGUAUCUGGUGGAUGUACGCUGCUUACAGUGCCCCAACCUUUUACACGCAUAACUAUCAACAGCUGAGAAACAAUAAGCCAGUUGCGGCUUAUAGCUGGGCAUCUUGCGCCUUGGCUGGUACCGUCGCUUGUAUUAUUCAGAUUGUUGCCACGAUCUCGGAGUGGUUUUUCGUCCCAAGAAAGUGGGCUGGUGCUCAGCAUCUUUCCCGUCGUUUUUGGUUUUUGAUGGUCAUCCUAGCAAUCAACCUCGGCCCAAUCAUUUUUGUGUUUGCGUAUGAUCCGAUCAAUGUUGUUUCUAAGGCUGCUCAUGUUGUUGCUGUGGUCAUGUUCUUUGUCAGUUUGGCAACCAUCAUCUUUUUCUCCAUCAUGCCACUUGGCGGUCUAUUCACGUCUUACAUGAAGAAAUCUUCGAGGCGUUAUGUUGCUUCGCAAACUUUCACUGCUUCCUUCGCACCUUUGGAAGGACUUAACAUGUGGAUGUCUUUUCUAAUGUGGACUGCUGUCUUUGCCGCCAAGUUUUCCGAAUCAUACUACUUUUUGAUUUUGUCUUUAACAAAUCCUAUCAGAGUUUUGAGCACGACCGAAAUGAGAUGUACCGGUGAGUACUGGUGGAAUAAUGUUCUUUGUAAGCAGCAAACCAAGAUUGUUUUGGGUUUGAUGUUGGCCACUGACUUCAUUUUGUUCUUUUUGGAUACUUACAUGUGGUAUGUGAUUUGUAACAUGCUGUUCUCUGUGGGGAGAUCUUUUUACUUGGGUAUCUCUAUCCUCACUCCAUGGAGAAACAUUUUCUCAAGAUUGCCAAAGAGAAUCUACUCUAAAAUUCUCGCUACCACUGAUAUGGAGAUCAAGUACAAACCUAAGGUCUUGAUUUCUCAAGUUUGGAAUGCAAUUGUUAUCUCAAUGUACAGAGAACAUCUUUUGGCAAUUGAUCACGUUCAGAAACUAUUAUACCACCAGGUGCCCUCCGAAAUUGAGGGCAAGAGAACAUUGAGAGCUCCAACCUUUUUCGUUGCUCAAGAUGACAACAAUUUCGAGACCGAGUUUUUCCCAAGAGAUUCGGAAGCUGAACGUCGUAUCACAUUCUUUGCGCAAUCUUUGGCAACCCCUAUUCCAGAACCUCUCCCCGUGGACAACAUGCCUACAUUUACCGUUUUGACGCCUCAUUAUUCUGAGAGAAUUCUACUGUCGUUGAGGGAGAUUAUUCGUGAAGAUGAUCAGUUCUCUAGAGUGACUUUAUUGGAAUAUUUGAAGCAACUUCAUCCUGUGGAAUGGGAUUGCUUUGUCAAGGACACUAAGAUUUUAGCCGAAGAAACAGCUGCGUUUGAAGGAGCCGAAGAAGACCCUGAGAAGGAGGAAGAAGGACUGAAGUCUCAAAUCGAUGACUUGCCAUUUUACUGUAUCGGAUUUAAAUCUGCCGCUCCAGAGUACACUUUGAGAACCAGAAUUUGGGCCUCUCUAAGAUCUCAAACUUUGUACAGAACCGUGUCUGGUUUCAUGAACUACGCCCGGGCAAUCAAACUUCUGUAUCGUGUUGAAAAUCCAGAAAUUGUUCAAAUGUUUGGAGGCAAUGCUGAAGGUUUGGAAAGAGAGUUGGAAAAAAUGGCGAGAAGAAAGUUUAAGUUUUUGGUUUCGAUGCAGAGAUUGGCUAAGUUCAAGCCUCAUGAGCUCGAAAACGCCGAGUUUCUUUUAAGAGCCUACCCUGAUCUACAGAUCGCUUACUUGGAUGAAGAACCACCUUUGAACGAAGGCGAUGAGCCAAGAAUUUACUCUGCCUUGAUUGACGGUCACUGUGAGAUCCUAGAGAACGGCCGUAGACGUCCAAAGUUCAGAGUUCAAUUGUCAGGCAAUCCUAUUUUAGGUGACGGUAAGUCCGAUAACCAAAACCAUGCGAUGAUUUUCUACAGAGGUGAAUACAUUCAAUUGAUUGAUGCCAACCAAGACAACUACUUGGAAGAAUGUUUGAAGAUCAGAUCCAUUUUGGCUGAGUUCGAGGAACUCAACGUCGAACAAAUUAACACGUACGCGCCAGGCUUGAAGUAUGAGGAACAGACUACAAAUCACCCAGUUGCCAUUGUUGGCGCCAGAGAGUAUAUUUUCUCCGAAAACUCUGGUGUUUUGGGUGACGUGGCUGCUGGUAAAGAACAGACUUUUGGUACGCUUUUCGCUCGUACAUUGGCCCAAAUUGGUGGUAAACUUCACUAUGGUCAUCCUGAUUUUGUGAACGCUUUGUAUAUGAACACCAGAGGUGGUGUCUCCAAGGCUCAGAAGGGGUUGCAUUUGAAUGAAGAUAUUUACGCCGGUAUGAAUGCUGUUUUGCGUGGUGGUCGUAUCAAACAUUGUGAGUACUACCAAUGUGGUAAGGGUAGAGAUUUGGGUUUCGGAACAAUUUUGAAUUUCACAACCAAAAUUGGGGCUGGUAUGGGUGAGCAAAUGCUUUCGCGUGAGUACUAUUACCUAGGUACCCAACUGCCUCUUGACAGAUUCCUAUCGUUCUACUAUGCUCACCCUGGUUUCUUUUUGAACAAUUUGUUCAUUCAAUUAUCUUUGCAGCUCUUCAUGCUUACUUUGCUAAACUUGAAUGCACUCGCUCAUGAAUCUAUUAUGUGCAUCUACGACAAAAAUAAACCAUUGACGGACAUCUUAUACCCGAUUGGCUGCUACAACUUUUCUCCGGUUGUUGACUGGGUUAGACGGUAUACACUCUCUAUUUUCAUUGUGUUCUUCAUCGCCUUCAUCCCUAUUGUGGUGCAAGAACUGAUUGAGCGUGGCGUUUGGAAAGCAACGCAGAGAUUUUUCAGACACUUGCUCUCCUUAUCUCCUAUGUUCGAAGUGUUUUCCGGUCAAAUUUAUUCGGCCUCGCUUUUGAGCGACCUCACUGUCGGUGGUGCCCGUUAUAUCUCCACUGGCCGUGGUUUCGCAACCUCGCGUAUUCCAUUCUCGAUUCUAUAUUCCCGUUUCGCUGGCUCGGCCAUUUACAUGGGUUCCAGACUAAUGCUCAUGCUACUGUUUGGUUCAGUUGCUCACUGGCAAACACCUUUAUUGUGGUUUUGGGCUUCUCUAACGGCCUUGAUGUUCUCUCCAUUUAUUUUCAACCCUCAUCAGUUCUCAUGGCAAGACUUUUUCCUUGACUACAGAGACUACAUUAGAUGGCUUUCGAGGGGAAACAACAAAUACCACAAAAACUCAUGGAUUGGAUAUGUUAGAAUGUCUAGGUCUCGUGUCACUGGUUUCAAGCGUAAGCUUGUUGGCGACGAGUCUGAGAGGACUGCGGGUGAUGCAGCAAGGGCUCACAGAAGUAACAUGAUUCUAGCUGACAUUAUUCCCUGUGCUAUUUACGCUGCAGGCUGUUUCGUUGGAUUCACUUUCAUUAACGCUCAAACCGGUGUCCAAAACACUUCUCCUGUGAACUCCACUCUUCGUGUUAUCAUUUGUACAUUGGCUCCGAUUGCGGUUGACAUGGGUGUUCUAUUCUUCUGUCUUGGAUUGUCCUGUUGCUCGGGUCCUCUGUUCGGAAUGUGCUGUAAGAAGACUGGCUCAAUCAUGGCUGGCUUCGCACACGGCGUUGCUGUUGUUGUCCACAUUGUUUUUUUCAUUGUAAUGUGGGUACUAGAAGGUUUUAGCUUUGCCCGUAUGUUGGCAGGUGUUGCGACAUGUCUCUACUGUCAGAGAUUGAUCUUCAAGAUUAUCACUGUGUUCAUGCUCACGCGUGAAUUCAAGAAUGACCACGCCAACACCGCAUUCUGGACUGGUAAAUGGUACGGCGCUGGUUUGGGUUACAUGGCUUGGACCCAACCUUCCCGUGAGUUCUGUGCUAAGAUAGUUGAAUUGUCUCAUUUUGCUGGUGACUUUGUUCUGGGGCACAUUAUUUUGUUUUGCCAGUUGCCUGUGCUGUGUAUUCCCAUGAUUGACAAGUUCCAUUCCAUUAUGCUGUUUUGGUUGAAACCAUCUCGUCAAAUUCGUCCACCAAUUUACUCAUUGAAGCAAACACGUUUGCGGAAGCGGAUGGUCAGAAAGUAUUGCUCGCUGUACUUUUUGGUUCUUGCCAUUUUUGCCGCUUGUAUUAUUGGUCCAGCCGUGGCUUCGAGCCACGUUGGUAGUAAUUUGGGUUCGACAUUGACGGGAACUUUCCAAAACUUGGUUCAACCAAGACACCAAAACAACAACGAUACUGGUUCUCAAAUUUCUACCUACUUGAGUCACUACUAUACGCACACUCCAAGUAUAAAGUCUUACUCAACCAUUGCAUGA